AUGGCCCUCGCUUUCUUUACUACUCCUACUAUUGCUUCUCUUGCUACCUUUGGGUUUGGAGGAAGUACUGCAACACCUGAGCCUACUACUUCAAACACUUCAGAUUCAAAACCUUCAGAAGCUGAUUCUAAGAAUGAGACCGGUUCCAACUUAUUACCUCCAAAAUCAGAAGAAAGACCGGUCUCUGCUAGCGUGGGUGCAGUUAUCAAAUGUAGCGAUUGUGGUGGAGAUGUACCACUCUUGGAACUUGGUGAACAUGUUUGUUCACCAAAGCCAGUCUCGAAACUUCCAAGUUCAACUCCACCAGCACCAGCACCAGCACCAGCACCAGCACCAGCACCAGCAUCAAUACGAGCAUCAAUACCAGCGCCAGCAUCAAAACCAGUCCCAGCACCGGCCAGACCCUCUUCCCCCCAACAGAAGAAACAUGAAUCCAAACACAUCCCUCAAUCUUCAAUUUCAAAAAUCAUUUCCGCACCAAAAGUUGAGGCACCACCUUCACCACCUAAAUCAGAACCAACACCUGAAUCUUCUCCUCCACCCGCCACUCAGCCUUCAUUGACGGCUCCUUCUCCCCCACCUACCCUUCCUCCAACUCCUGAAAAGUCACCUCCUCGACCUAUUUCUCGUACUUCUCAGCGUACUCCACGAGUCCAUCGACUAUCAUCUUCAGGCUCUUCAAUCCUUAACUCAGAGUCAUCUGGCCCAAGUAAUCCAGUAGGACGUUCGCGUAUUCCUUUUUUGGAAAAAUAUGCUCAACUUGUUCCUAUGAAUAAGGAUAGCCUUCCAAUCACCACCACCACCACGCCAACAACAAAGACCAAACCAAUCACAAUUAAAAAAUGGGAAGAACCUCGAAGAUCUCCCAUUGAUACCACCAGUCAAUCAGGUUCUUCAUCAAGGCCUUCAAACGUUUCCAUCGAGUCUGCCCAAACCUCGAAAUCCAAGUCGAAAAAAGUCAUCACGCCUCCUACUUCACCCGAAAUAUCACCUUCAGAAAAGAUUGGGUUUGCUUCAUUACAACGUUCUCAGCUUCGUAAAGACCGACCUCUUCCAAGCUCUACUUCGAUGCCAUUCGACGACCGCACAAGACAGCGCUCAGGUAGUGAAGCUCGACGAGAUCCUAAACCACCUCCACUGCGAAAACUACCUUCUUCACAAUCUGCUUCUGCUGGUCUCGAUAGACUUUUAGCAAGUGAAGCAUUCAUUGAUUCUGAUGAAGAAAAAGAUAAUCCUUCAUUCAAAGUAUAUGAAACUCCUAAAUCACGUAGUAAAUCUUCACGUAAACCUAAUCAGAAACCUUCAGAUGGUCUUGAAGAUCUUAUGGGUGAUCUGAUGAAUGAGAUGACUCGAAAGGCGGAGUUAUCAACUUAUCAAUUGAAGGAAAAGAAAAAAUCUACACCUCCUAGAACAACAUCGAGUCCAGCUGUCAAAUCCCCACACAAGCGUAGUGCGACUGAGUCAGAUGCCAUGUUUGACGCGCAUGAUCCUGAUAUGACACCACGUGUUCAUCUUAGGAAUAACUCAGCCAACAAUCUACCUAAUGUACCAGACUCACCUGGAAUCCGACCAUCAGACUCGAUUUCACAAUUAGGUUUUGAUCAUCCACCCUCACCACCACCAGCCAGAGCUUUAUUUACAAACAAAGCAACAGGAGAUGAUAGAUGUCAACAUUGUGGAAAACGAACGGAUUCACGUACAGCUAAAAUCAGAUCAUCAUCUAUCGAUCCAAAUGGAACGGCUAAAUCGCUAUUCUGUCAAACUUGUUAUGCUGAAUUAUAUUUACCUAAGUGUAGAAAAUGUGAUAGACCGAUCGAACGUAGAGCUGUGACUGAUCGAGUUGGAAAGGUUUUAGGAAAAUAUCAUCCUGAAUGUUUUAAUUGUUUUCAAUGUUCGGCUAAAUUUCCAGAUGGAGAGUUUUAUGUUUGGGAAAGAAAACCAGUGUGUGCUCGACAUUAUCAUCGAUUUGCUGGAACGAUUUGUGCAAAUGAGUCUUGUCAAAGAGGUAUCGAAGGUCCAUGUAUUUCAUUAUCAUUAGAAUCAUCAGAAACCAGCGGCAGUAGAUCUGUAUCAGAUGGAGCAUCAAGUUUUAGUAAAUCAAGUUCAAGUGUUCAACGAAAAAGACUUUAUCAUCCAGAACAUUUUAUGUGUUCUAAACCGGGUUGUAAGAUUAGUUUAGAAGAAUUUCAUUUUGUGAUAAAUUUUUUACCUUGGUGUGAAAAACAUGCAAGACUUCAACAAUCUGAAUCUUUGGGUUUACAACAACAACAACCAUAUUCACAACAUCAUCCACCACCAUCGAAUCAUUCAUUGAAUCCUACACCUCAUACUCCUUGGACUCGUAAACCUUCUCGUGAUCAACCUCCAAGUAGACCUAUGGAAAGAAGACGUACGAUUAUUCAAAACGUUAGGAAAAGAUGA